UGAUAUGUAUUGAUAGCAAAAACAGCACGCCUAACCUGUAGGCAUCAUUCAGCGAGAGGCUAUUCAUGCAGUUGUUGCUAGCUUUGUAUAGUUUCUAGGCAGCGACUGUAUGGCAUUCAGUAGCAAGACAAGAUGUGAAGGAAGAGAACGUCUACGUCUUAAAAGUCAUGUGGACAUUCCUGAAGGAACAGCGGGAAUCGUUAUUGGUAAAAAAAGAGCAACAGUACGCUACAUUGAAGAAGGGACAAAGACCAUUGUUUCUCUAAGUGGAGAACAAAAAAAUCGUGUAUUCAUAUAUGGUGAAACAGAAGAGGCCGUUAAGCAAGCUGAACUAGAAAUUGCCAAAGCUAUUAACUAUGCAAAAAAACGUGGGUCAAACAGUGAUGAAAAGUUGUUGUAUUUCGUCGAUACGAAAGACAUUGGGCAAAAUCUUCGAUUGCAGAAGGCCGACUUUCGGGGAUUGAAAACAUUUUACAGAUUGGUAUCAAGUGCAGAGCUUGCACAAAGUGAUGACCUUCAUAUCAAUGUUACAAAAGCUGUGGAAACAGUGCUCGUAGACAUGAGAAAGAAAGUCGACAGAGAGGCCGUCACGUCACCACUGCAAAUUGAUGUGUUGUUACACAUUGGUCAACUGCUUCUGUAUGGCGUGGAUGAAAGUGAAACCACAGCAUCAUUCGACGUUUCUUCUGUACUGGAUAAAACGGAAAUUAGAUCUGGCCGAAAAUGGUCGACUCGUCUGGUACCUGCUUUCACUGAGGAAAACGUUCGACGACUGGAACGACUUCUUGAAGCGAGCUCCACUAUUGUCUCUACGUGUGAACGCUAUGAUGCUGGAUUCUACACACCAUCGUUUCAACACCGUCGUUUCAAAAUUUACGGUGUGAAUGACGUCUCUUCUACAGGAAACAAAAGCAACGCAGACGGCGAAAAAGCUAGCGUUCAAGCGGGUGCUGGCGUCUUAUACACAUCUUAUGAUAGUCCACUCAUUGCAGACAUCUUUCUGCCACAACAACAAUAUGACUUUAGUCUUCUUAUAAAAGCAGAUGUCAAUAAUCCAUCUAGCCAGACGGAAGAAGAAAAGAAAGAAGACUGCGUGUUGAUCGAACAAUUUUGUGAAAAAGUUACGUUUAGAAAUGGACGUUUAUCUGUGCCACCGGAACGAAACUUCCCUAAAGGCUAUCACUUACAUUUUGAACGACAAAGUAAACGCAAGACAAUUGAAAUCGACGGAUUCGAGGUAAUCAUCUCUCGUCAGACUACAGUCGAAUACAAAUUACCAAUUCAACACGAGAAGCAAGAGCAGAUUGAUAUCUACGUCCGCAACAAGGCUUGUGAGGCAGCAGCGAACAAAGAUGAAGGUCGUGCGUGGACACCCCAGGAUAUUGUAGAGUUCAUUCCCGAAAUGAUUCAGUUUGUCAAAGAAAAGCUUAACCUUCUCACAGUGGCGUAGACAGAGUUUUGGAGGGGAAUCUAGAACAAAUUUCAAAUCUGUCUUUCUACUUUUAUUCUAGUGUCUAAUUUGUCUACCUGUCUACAUGCAGCUGCUUCCAGUUCUAUCUUAUUAAUAAUAUCUUUCUUUAAAUAUGCAGAAGCGCUAGCCUAUCUAAUCUAUCUUGUCUCAUGUCUGCCCUAGUAGAGGGUAAGUUUUCAGUCUCUUCGAACAUGAAAACGAAUGUUCACAUGACGCGGUAGAUUCACCUAUUUAGUGUCAAUACAAUUUGUAGGACUUUGA